CCCACAUCCCAACUCCCCCAGCCAAGCCCCAGGUGCCCAACCGGCUCCAGCUCUCUCCUCCCCUGCCCCCCUUCUCACCCGCGGCGCCGCCGCCCGCGCGUCGUCCCCGCUGCCCGAGAGCCGAGAAUAGAUAGGACACGAGGAAAAAAUUGACUAGCCGACUAGGGAACCCGAUCCGCGAUCAAUUUACACGCGCACUGCCAGGUCAGAUUUGGUGGUCAGGGGGGGUUAUCCCGCCUCCGCUGCCGCCGCCGCCGCCGAGCGGCAGGGGCCAAUGGCGGGGUGGGGGUCGUCCAGGGUGGCGGCGUGCGGGCCGUGGGGCGGGGCGAUGGAGAGAGAGCUGUCGCGGGACGGCAGCCACUACAGCAUCUCUAGCGGCAUCCUGCCGUCGCUCGGCGCGCGGAGCAACCGAAGCAUCAAGCUCAGGCCCUUCAUCGUCUCGCCCUACGACCGCCGAUACAGAUGCUGGGAGACUUUUCUCAUAAUUCUCGUUGUCUACUCUGCAUGGGUUUCCCCAUUUGAGUUUGGCUUCAUUAGAAAACCAACAGGAGGCCUAGCUAUAGUGGACAAUGUUGUGAACGCGAUCUUCGCAGUGGACAUCAUCCUGACCUUCUUUGUAGCUUACUUGGAUAGACUGACAUACUUGCUUGAAGAUGAUCCAAAGAAGAUAGCUUGGCGGUACGCUACCACUUGGUUUGUUCUUGACGUCGCCUCCACCAUCCCAACAGAACUUGCUCGGAAGAUACUACCUCCAAACCUGAGGUCGUAUGGCUUUUUCAACAUGCUUCGUCUAUGGCGUCUUCGUAGGGUCAGCUCUCUCUUUGCUAGGUUGGAGAAGGAUAGACACUUCAAUUAUUUCUGGGUUCGAUGUGCAAAGCUCAUAUGUGUUACACUUUUUGCAGUCCACUGUUCGGCAUGCUUCUACUAUCUUCUUGCUGAUAGGUAUCCUGACCCAUCGGAUACGUGGAUUGGCAAUUCGAUGCCAGAUUUUCAUCACCGUAGCUUGUGGAUUCGCUAUGUUACAUCAAUGUAUUGGUCAAUCACUACUCUGACCACUGUGGGUUAUGGUGAUCUACACGCGGAGAACACAAGGGAAAUGGUAUUCAACAUUUUCUACAUGCUAUUCAACCUUGGAUUGACUGCCUACUUGAUCGGAAACAUGACCAAUCUAGUUGUCCAUGGCACCAGCCGUACUCGAAAAUAUAGAGAUACAAUUCAAGCAGCAACCAGCUUUGCACUAAGGAAUCAGCUACCAUCUCGGCUGCAAGAUCAAAUGAUCUCACAUCUUAGCUUGAAGUUCAGGACAGAUUCAGAAGGUCUUCAACAGCAAGAAACCCUUGAUACGCUGCCAAAGGCUAUCAGAUCCAGCAUUUCUCAGUAUCUGUUUUUUAAUCUUGUCCAAAAGGUUUACUUGUUUCAAGGGGUGUCCAAUGACCUUAUUUUUCAACUGGUUUCUGAGAUGAAAGCUGAAUAUUUUCCACCUAGGGAAGAUGUGAUUCUGCAGAAUGAAGCACCCACUGACUUCUACAUUUUAGUUACUGGCAGCGCGGAGUUAAUAGAGUUGCAAAAUGGUGCAGAACAGGUUGCUGGAGUGGCUAAGUCUGGAGAUGUUGUUGGAGAAAUUGGGGUUCUUUGCUACAGGCCUCAACUAUUCACAGUUCGAACAAAGUCGUUAUGCCAGCUUCUCCGUAUGAAUCGCACUGCCUUUCUCAAUAUUGUUCAAUCCAAUGUUGGAGAUGGAACGAUAAUAAUGAACAACCUUAUUCAGUUAUUAAAAGAGCAGAAAGACAACAGUGUAAUGGUGGGCGUUCUGAAGGAGAUUGAGAACAUGCUAGCACGGGGUCAUUUGGAUUUGCCAAUUACCCUCUGUUUUGCGGUAACUAGAGGAGAUGACCUUUUGUUGCAUCAACUUCUGAAGCGUGGUUUUGAUCCAAAUGAAUCAGAUAACAAUGGCCAUACUGCACUGCAUAUAGCUGCUUCCAAAGGAAAUGAGCAAUGCGUCAAGCUUCUUCUAGACCAUGGAGCUGAUCCUAAUGCUAGAGACGACCAAGGAAAAGUUCCACUGUGGGAGGCUUUGUGUGAAAAGCAUGCUGCAGUAGUAGAGUUGCUAGUUGAGAAUGGUGCAGAUCUAUCUUCUGGAGACACGGCCUUGUAUGCUUGUGUUGCUGUUGAGGAUAAUAAGACGGAGCUGCUUAAGGACAUUAUCCGUUAUGGUGGCGACAUAAACAGAUCAACGAGAGAUGGAACCACUCCACUGCACCGUGCUGUCUGUGACGGAAAUGUUCAGAUGGUUGAACUUUUGCUGGAACAUGGAGCUGACAUCGAUAAGCAGGACAGCAAUGGCUGGAGUCCAAGAGAUCUAGCUGUACAACAAGGCCACGACGACAUACAGGUCCUUUUUAAGAACAAAUCACGGGUAGCACCAAGUCACCGUGUCUCAAAUAGCAGGGUGGCACCUAUGUUGAUAGGGAGGUUCAACAGUGAGCCCGCAAUGCCAAACGUGGACCAUGAAGAUGCCGAAUUAUGCAGCAAAGUUGUCCCGCAGAGGCUCCUGAGAAAGAGGGUCACUUUCCAAAACUCCCUUUUUGGUGUCAUUUCUUCAACCCACGCCCACCAGGACACUGGCCGUAUGCUCUCGAGAGACCUUGCAGCAACAGGUGGUCCGAGUUGCCGUCACAAUUCCCUCGUCAGGGUGACACUCAGCUGCCCCGAGAAGGGGGACACAGCCAGGAAGCUCGUGCUCCUACCACGGUCGAUGAAGGAACUCCUCGAACUAGGCGCAAAGAAGUUUGGCUUCAUGCCCACCAAGGUCCAGACGGUUGAAGGUGCUGAGAUUGACGAGGUGGAGCUUAUCAGAGACGGUGAUCAUAUUGUUCUCGUCAGUGAUGACUGGGUGCCAGAAGUUGCGCAAAUAAGGCCUGACGAGAAGUGAGCGAACUGUGCCCUUAAUGCAAUUUCACAAUAGAGUUAGGGCCUGUUUGGAUCGUUAGUUCAAAGUAAAGUUCCUGUCACAUCGAAUGUUUAUAUACUAAUUAGGAGUAUUAAAUAUAUGUUAAUUAUAAAAUCAAUUGCGUAGAUGGAGGCUAAUUAGCGAGAGGAAUCUAUCCAUCUGUACAAUUGGUUUUGUAAUUAGUCUAUUUUUAAUACUUUUAAUUUGUAUAUAAAGAUUCGAUGUGACAUGGACUAAAUUUUAGUCCGUGAAACCAAACACGCUUGCGAUACAAACUGGGUGAUUGGCAGUUAACGUAUGAAGUUCUUCCAAUUGAAGAACUAGUGGGGAUGUGUAUGCCCACCUUGUAAAUUACCAUGAUAGUUUUGGUCCAGCUUGGAAAAGAAAUUGUAGCCAGCUGGUCCGGUGGUCUGUAGUUACUUGCUCUCAUUUCAAGAGAAAGGGAUCCAGAAAAAUGUAAGUAGGGUUGUCCAGUUUACCUGAUUUCUUUUUCUUUU